AUGAGACAGCAACCCCCCCUCUACCUCCCUCCCUUUCUCCGUCCCUACCUCCCUCCAGUCACCACACUAUUAAGCUCCGCCUGCUCCAUUCAGCCAGACUGCGACAGGACUGGUUGGCGAGAGGAGGGGGACGCGGCUGCUUUGUUUUCUCUUAUCUGCUUCACUGAGUCGCCUCGCCGCUGCUGCUUCUGCUCCCCUGUGAACAACAAUCGACACAAGGCCAGGAUGGCUGAGGUGGAAGACGACACAAAGAAGUACGAGCCUUUGACAGAAGAUCUGGUUCGGGAGGCUCUGAGGAGAGACAAAGGCGAGGACGCUCAGCUGGUGUCAUGGAAGUAUAAGGACUUCACUAAGAAGGGCGAUAAUUACGCCUGCUUUGUGACCAGCGUGGAGGUUCAGUACAAGGAAGAGGAGCACGGAGCGUCCAUGGAAAUAACCUACGUGGCUAAGCUCGCACACCAGAUCGCAUCACCCCUCACGGAGUUGAUGAAUGAGGUGUUUCAGAAAGAGGGCACCUGCUUCAUGGAGAUCCUCCCCAAAAUGAACGAAGUGCUGAAGGAGCUCGACAUCGACAGCAUCAGGACUGCCAAGGGGUAUGCCAUGUCUCUUAAACUUGGGAAGGAGGUAUUAUUACUUGAGGACUUAAGGCAGCGCGAAUUCAAGAUGUUCGACAGGCGGCGAGGGAUAGACGUGCCCCAUGCUCUUCUUGUCCUGAAAGAACUAGGAAGACUCCAUGCCACCUCCAGACUGGUAGAGAAGAAACUUGGCUGCUCGCUGCUCGAAACAUGGCCUGUCAUUUUCGAGAGGUGGUUAGAAGAUGAUGAUGUACCCGGUGCAGAAAUGUUCCAAAAGAUGAUAGAAUCCCAAAUGGAGACAGCAGCCAUGGUCAUGGAAAAGAUCCCAAAUUACGAGCAAGUGGUGGCGUGGAUCAGAAGCACCAAGGCCAGGGGCAUAUGUAUCUUCAAAGAAAGCUUGAAGCAGAAUGCCAAGUUUGAUGCUUUAACCCACGGAGACUGCUGGAACAACAACAUCCUCUUCAGAUACGACGAGGCAGGGGCGCCUGUGGAAUUGAUGCUGGUGGACCUGCAGGGGAUGCGGAAGGCCUCGGUGGCUGCCGACCUCUCUUACUUCCUUUACUCUAGCUUUACUGGUGAUGUUCGAAAGAGCAACUUAAAAUUUUUCAUGGAAACCUACUACGACUCGUACUGUAGUGUGUUACGAGCAGCACAGGUGCCUAUUCCUUUCUCUCUAGAAGAACUUCUUGUAGAAUUCAGGGACAAGAUGACUAUGGGUUGCAUUAGCGGCAUGAUAUUGGCGCCUAUAGUGCUAAGCGAGGAAGAAGACGUGCAAAACUUCAUGGAAUUCACGGAGGAAACCAUUGACAAGACUAAUCGUGAGCGGCAGGAGAUAGUUCUGAAGAUGAGCAAGCGGGAAGGUGGUCAGCUUCAGGACAGGUUUCUCUCCAUGUUUAAUGAGAUGGUGGAGGCAGGAAUUGUCCCUAACGAAGAUGCUGCUGCGUAGUAAUGCUGUAUGAUGAUGAUGAUGAUGAUGAUGAUGAUAACUGGUCUUCAUAUCUUUCUAAUUGCAUGCCUCCCCUCCUCCCGCAACCUCGUUGCACAAGACUUUCUUCUUUCUCUCAUCCCUAUUCUGUCCACCUUUCUAAUGCAUGAGUUAACCAGUACUCUCAAUCAUUCAUCCCUUUCUCUGGUAAACUGUGGAACCCC